AUUCUAGCUUCCGGUAAUUGGUUUCAGGUUGUAAUGUUUAUGCCCUAUUUACUCAUCUUUGUAAAUAAAUAUAACUAUUAAAAUUGUUAUUGUGCUAGGACACCUGCAAUGUCCGACUUUGAUUCGAACCCUUUUGCUGAUCCUAGGGUCAAUAGCCCAUUUUCGGUAAGUUCAUAUUUAAAAUAACGACAAUUUUAGUCCGGUAUUAUAGGCGGCUUAUUCUGAUUUUUUUUUUUUUUUAGUUCAGUUGGACAAGCCAGAUAUAAGUAUAAAACAGUAUAGUCUGAUACGCCUUCUAAUUCUAAGAUUAGUAAGAUUGAGUGUAAAAAGUUGUAAGUCAGAGACAGUCAACGAAGAAUGAAUCUGAAGUGACUCAGAGCUGAGACGAGAACGCCUUUAUUUUCUAUAACAUCAGUCUGAUGUAGAAAUUAAAAUUAAAAAAAGGAAAGGAAAGGCGUAGCCGUAAUCAUCUCAGCUCAGUUCACUCACUCGCACUCACUGGCUCAACAAUCACUUACCUACUCUUCUUGUCUUAUUAAUUAUUAGUUUAUUACUAAUUAGUGACUGUAUUAGUACUACUGCAAUGUACUCAGUUGAGACUGUAGUCGGUGUAGCCUAGGUAUACGUACUUCCGAAAAAAAAUAAUAAAAAAUUAAAGUUAAGAUUAAGGAGCAAACUUCAAAUAAAAAAUGAAACCAGAAUCAACUUUCUAGUUUACUUUUUGAAAGUUUUUGAGCUAUGAUUUUUGAAGGGUUUAUUUGUAAUUUUUACUAUACUACGUACAGCACCUCCACAUUUUGUGACCCGAUUCCACUAAUCUUGUUUAAAGGAUAAUUUGGUAAUCUACCACUUCAGCGAGGGUUAUUCAAAAAUUUGUGUUAAGUUUUUUAAAGUUUUCCCAAUAAAAAUGAUUUUAAAAUGUAAGAGUAAGAGAUAUAGUCUAGCGUAUAGUAUAUCUAUCAGUAUAAAUAUAGUAUAUAUCAGGAUUGAAAUUAGCCUCCCUGACCCAAACAGUGAGUCUAGCGUAUAGUAUAUCUAUCAGUAUAAAUAAAUAUAGUAUAUAUCAGGAUUGAAAUUAGCCUCCCUGACCCAAACAGUGGUGAAUAUAAUGAAUAAUUAAAUGAGUUCAUAACCCUCCAAUUUUUAAAUAUAUAUUUUCAAGUGCAUUUGUACUUAACUUGGUCUAGAUCUAUCCUUUGAUUAUAAUUUUAUUUAUAAACCUCAUUAAAAAUAUGAAAUUAGGGUCCCAACACUGAGUUUUUUUUUUUUUUUUUUUUUUUUUUUUUAAAGAGUUUUAACCCCUUCUAACUUUUUUUUUUUUUUUUUUUUUUUUUUUUUUUAAAGAGAUUCAACCCCUUCUAACAUUUGUAUCUGGAUAAUUAAUUGAAACAACUGUUGAUCCCAAGUUUGAUGAAGAUCCAUUAAUCCAUGUAAAAAUGUAUGCAGUGCAGACAUCUUUUGUCAUAUAUAUUAUAAUAUAUAGUAGAUUAAUAUGAUACCAUAAAUAUCCAUGAAUGAACAUUUCACUGUCAUUUAAAACUCUCAAUUUUGUUAAAUAUAUUAAGGUAAUUAAAAAAAUUAUUCAAUUACCUCAUCUGAAAUAGCUCUGAUCUGACCAGUUAUAUAUAUUAACUUGUUCAUCUUUGAUUCAGCUAUUAAUAGAUAUUUUUUGUAUAUUUUAUUUUAUGAGUUAUAAAAAUAUUAAAGAUAAUAUUGGAGAAUUUUUUUGUAAACAAAAUUUUGACAAAAUGUUUAUACAGUAUGAAGGAAAAAAACUCCUUGUUAUAAAAGAUUUAAAAUUUAUUUAAAUAAAAUACUUCAUAAUCUAAUGCAAUCCAUAGUCAAACAUGACAAACAUUCUAUGAAAAAUACAAAAGUUGUCAAUAUUUUAGCAAAAUCUAUAUUUUGUCUUUUUUUUUCUAAAAAAAAUGCAGUAUAAUUUUGUUUGAAUAAAAAUUAUGAUUUGCAUAUAAUAUAUUUUUAAAAAAUGGGCCUCAUAACUCACAGAUUUGUAUAUUAAAUAUAUUUUUUAAUAAUUCUUGAGUAAAAGAUAACUAAGUAAAAUUCAGACCUGUUUACCCUUACGAUUUUGGCGUACAAUGUACGAUUUUGAGAUGUCUUUUACGAUUGUACGCAGAGACCUGCCAAAAGUACGAUUUUCAGAGAGCCGUUGAAAAAAAAAUAUUUUCCGAUUAAAAUUCGUUUGCUGAAGUUUUAGCCUUUUCCAAUAAAAAUGUACUGGUGAAUGAAACGAGAAAAACGAUUGGUUGUAAUUUUUUUUAAAGUUGGGACCAUCCUUCAUUAUAUUAUGUGCGCACUGAGAGGGGAGGUGGGGGCUGUUAAUUAAGGAGAUUUGCGGCACAUGGGUGGGGAUUUGGUUGGAGUGUCAAAGUUAUAAAAAUAUCACCGCAAAGUAUCGUAUUGAUGGUGAUUAUUGCCAUACUGUUGCUUUGUGUGUCACACUGAACUAGUUAGCUGCGUCACCGGUAAUAUUUAUUCUAUUCACUGCCAUCCCCUUUGACUGCUACCAAGCGUGUGACGUAGUUUUGUUCCCUUGAACCGCGACGAUUGUGAAAACGGAGAAAACUACAGAUGAUAUGGUUUUUAAAAUAAUGUACAUUAUCCCACUGUUCUGCACUGUAACAUUGGAUGUGGACAUAUUUUAAUAUUUUAUAAGAGCUAGUCAGCGGCAUUUAAAGAAUAUUUUUAGAACUCGCAAAGCAGCUCUUUACCCUCAGCGAUCGCAAUACGACAGUUUGAUAUCACUACUAAUACUAACCCCCCCCACCCCACCCCUUUUUUUAAAGGAAAAAAUCAGACGACGGCUCAAUUUUUUUCCCCAGUAAUGACGGGGGUGGGGGGGGGGGUGAUUCUGCCCGGUGGAAAUAAUUACGUCACCAGCACGGAAAGACGAAUUAUUGGACUACAGUGUGUUAUCACUAUGUCGUGUUCAAUUUUACAACUACAGGGAUCUCUUUAUGAAAACACAAAGCAUUAGUAGCUUAUAUGAGUAGGCCUAUAUGCUUACUGUGAAAUAUUGUAAUAUUUUUUUUAGCCUUAAUAAUAAUAAUAAUAAUAAAAGACCUAAUUAGAAUUCACAGAUUUCACAGAUUUUCUGAUGAGAGUUGGCUCUAUAAGAGAAUGUCAUGAUAAUUAUUGUAUGCAUAAAUGUAGGUGCAUUCUAUUGAAACCCCCCCCCCCCCUCAAAAGGUAAUAUUUAUACUAUCCACUGCCAUCCCCUUCCAAGCGUGUGACGUAGUUUUGUUCCCUUGAACUGCGGCGAUUGUGAAAACGGAGAAAACUAGAGACGAUACGGUUUUUACACUAAAAUACAUGAUCCCACUGUUCUGCACUGGAACGUUGGAUGUGGACAUAUUUUAUAAGAGCUAGUCAGCGGCAUUUAAAAAAAUAUGUGUAGAACUCGCAAAGCAUCUCUUUACCCUCAGCGAUCGUAAUACGACAGUUUGGUAUCACUACUAAUACUGCCCCCCCCCCAUAUCCCACCCCUUUUGUUUUACGGAAAAAAAAUCAGACAGCUCAAUUUUUCCCCAGUAAUGAGAGGGGGGGGGGUGGUUCUGCCCGGUUGAAUUAACUUUAAACACCAGCACUCACCAGCACGGAAAGACGAAUUACUGGACUGCAGUGUGUUAUCACUAUGACAUGUUCAAUGUUACAACUACAGGCAUCUCUUUAUGAAAAACACAAAGCAUAAGUAGCUUAUAUGAGUAGGCCUAUAUGCUUACUGCGAAAUAUUGUAAUAUUUUUUAUAGCCUUAAUAAUAAUAAUAAAAGGCCAAAUUAGAAUUCACGGAUUUUCAGAUGACAGUUGACUUUAUAAGAGACAGUCAGGAUAAUUAUUGUAUGCAUAAAUGUAGGUGCAGUCUAUUGCCCCCCCCCCCCUCAUACACAUCCUCAGCGCGUACAUAAUACAUAAUAGAUGGCCCUUUGUUUUACGUAAUAGUUAGAUGGCCCUUUGUUUUACAUAAUAGUUAGAUGGCCCUUUGUUUUACAUAAUAGUUAGAUGGCCCUUUGUUUUACAUAAUAGUUAGAUGUUAGAUGGCCCUUUGUUUUACGGAAUAGUUAGAUGGCCCUUUGUUUUACGUAAUAGUUAGAUGGCCCUUUGUUUUACAUAAUAGUUAGAUGGCCCUUUGUUUUACAUAAUAGUUAGAUGGCCCUUUGUUUUACAUAAUAGUUAGAUGGCCCUUUGUUUUACGUAAUAGUUAGAUGGCCCUUUGUUUUACAUAAUAGUUAGAUGGCCCUUUGUUUUACAUAAUAGUUAGAUGGCCCUUUGUUUUACGUAAUAGUUAGAUGGCCCUUUGUUUUACGUAAUAGUUAGAUGGCCCUUUGUUUUACAUAAUAGUUAGAUGGCCCUUUGUUUUACGUAAUAGUUAGAUGGCCCUUUGUUUUACGUAAUAGUUAGAUGGCCCUUUGUUUUACGUUGACAGGGGUUCGGCUGGGGGGGGGUAUAAAUAUUUUUAAAAACUUUUUAAUGUUUGUUUUGCGUACCGUGUAUGUUAUACAUGGAUGUCCCAUUACCCAAACAGCUUUGGGUUCGAAUUUGACUACAUUGAUGGAUGUGCACAUUGCCUGAUUUUAAUGUUACCAUUAAUGGAAUCAGCUAUCCUUUUUAUUUUCAGUCCCCUAGUUUAGUUUACUUAGUGAGUAUUUUACGAUAUAUAUAAGUUUUAUAUUCUUGCUUGAAUAUAAGACACAAUUUACUGUGUUGAGGUCUUCAUAGAAGGGUCCAUCAUAUGCGCACUGCAUAUUCUGCAAGUCGGACUUUUCAGUAGCAAUCAGAGGAAAAAUGAGUGGUGUGGAUUUAGGAGAUAGUGUGAAUGGCGCGGGUCUAAAUAUUUAAAUCUAUAUAAUCAACUCCGCCACCUACAUUUUCGUAAUGUCAGUUUGAGGGGUUUGUAGGGGGGGGGAGGAUAUUCCUCGGCAGAAUUUACAUGUGGUAUUUAAAAAUACUACAAUAUUCAUCCCCUGAAACUCUGAAAGACCUAAAAUAGCACAUUUAUAUCUAAUGCUGUAAAAUACCAGACAAUUUUUAGAAGGCAUUACCGUCGGGCUGUUGUCAAGAUGUAUUUUCACAAGUGAACUCGCUAGCUAUACCUAAACUCAGUAGUACAGAAAUUGCAGUAAUGUUUAGUGCACCUAAUGGUAAGGCCAAGUGUUACCUAUAAUUCUGUGGUUCUAAAAUUUUCAUUUCCCUGCGCCUAUGCCACACUACGUUUUCACCAGGCUCCCUGUGUCGAAUUCUAACAUGUACAAUUCGAAUACACAAAUAAAAUAAGGGUUGGAUAAAAAUAAAAAUAAGGUGUAGGUAGGUCACUAAGCACCAUCUGGAACUGCAAACAGCAGUUGCUUAGUGGGUUACUGUUUGCACCACGGCCGAAAGUUUAAAAGUGAAAAUAAAAUAAUGAAUUUUUUAUAUUUUUUUUGAGUCAUUCAUUUUACAAAGUGAAAUUUGCUCUUGUCCAGAUGUGUCUCAGUUAAUAUUUAUUCACUAACAUACGUUUAAAGUCACUAAAAUUUUUAUUUUUAUAAUGCAGAUGUGAGGAAUGCUUCUGUUGCCCGUUGAGAUGGCUAUUCUAUUUUUUCAUUAGAGACUCGAGAAAUUUAUUUUGUAUCUCCACUUUUAAGAUCACAUCAUGCCUCAAGUAUAAUAUUUUAUUUUAGGAAAUCAUUUUUCCUCAAUGUUUAAUUUCAGACUUGCAAUUGUUUUGUUUAUUUUUUUAAUAACUUAAAUUUGUUUAUGAAAAAGGAAUUAUAGUUUUAUUAAAUUAUUUUUGUUGUUGCUGAAUGAAUUAUUUUUUAUUAAUUUUCUUAUAUAAUUGUUUAUUUUUCAGUUACGACUUAGAAAUUAUAUAUGACUUUAGUGACAAUAUUUUAAAAUAAUUAACCUUUUAAAAAAUAUGCAACCUAAGCAUAUGGUAUACAAACAUUUAUUUAACUAAAUUUUAUUGAAAGAUUUUUAAUGAUACUCAGAUUUCAGGUUAUCAAUUUUGAAACAGAUAAUUUUUGUAAACAACUGGACAUAAAAAAAUUAUGAUUUAGUUUUUUAAAAGGCUUUAAAAUAAUAAACAUACAUAAUUUAUGAAAUAGUUACUCGCUUUGUGUUUCUCUGUGUAAAAAUUCAACAUGCUGCUCAAGGUCAGGCUGGUGUAAAAAUAAACACAGGGUACUGAGGUCAUUUUUAAAAUAGAUGACUGCAGGCAUGUAUUAUGCCAGUCUGAUCUAGCUGUGUUGAAAAUGCAUUGUGAAAUUCCAUAACCGGAUACAUAAAACAUAUAACUGGUUUGCCAAUAAAAAUUAUAUUAACACGCCCAAUUUCAAACUAUAAACUAUUUAAGUUGCAGACUCUGCUGUUGUCUAAACAAUACCCAUCUGUUAUAAAACUACCUAAUAUAUUUAUGUGUAAGCCAAUAAAACUGACAAAUAGGUAAAAAUCAGAUUUCUAAAACUGCUAAUAGGUUGUAAAUAUAUGUUUAUACAUAUUUAGCAGCAUUCUCUAAAAUUUGCAAAGUUAAAAUGUAUAAUUAAAUAUUUUAAAUAAAUAAUAUAAUUUUAAAAAUUAAACCCAUUUCUUUUCAUUGUCUCAGGAUCCUUCAGUGCAGCAAGCAGCAGGUGGUGGACACCGACAGGCAGCACUAGAUGAUUUUAAUCCUUUUGCUGAUGGGAAUCAGACUCGCCCAGCCAACCAGGUAGGGGAAGCAUAACUUAGGUUCAGAAACAAAUUCAGCUACAAAUUUUAAAAUUAAAUUAAUUGUUUUCAAAAUUCCUACUUUGGUACCGGUACUCAAACUCCUUGUGAAAACUUUUGAAGUAAUACUUAAAUAGAUGUAAGUAAUAGAUUUAAUUAAAUACUUUUUCUAAAAAUAUUUUGUUCAUUACUUUCUUUACAGGGUGCUGGUGUCCCUCCCCCACGAUCUGCCCAAACACAACCAGCUAUUAUGACACCUUCUGAUGACCCUCCACCAUAUUCACAGUCUGGCGCGCAGAAAGUUGAUACUAGUGAACUGCAGAAGAGACAGGAGGUAUGUUUAGUCAAUAUGAAUGUAAAAUUCUCUGUAUAGUCAGAAGCUACUUUAAAAUAUUGUUAAUCAUAAAAGUCUAUUUAACACCAUCUGUGGGAUUCAGGGUCUGGUGAAGGUUUAUUAUACAUCGGCCUGUUUCUAGCUUUUUUGCUAAAUAAAAAAAGCCUCCGCAACUCAUGACUAAGUAUCAUGUGCUUUGGACAUACUCUGUGUAGAUUUAAAACUUUAUGACUAACCCUUAUGAUGAAGCAAGGAGCUAGGGUCCAAGUAUUAGUUAGACAUGAGACUCAUGGACUAAUUAUUGUUUUUUUGUUUUGAGGGAAGGACACACCGACAGUAUGUAGUUGUAGUUAUUUACUUAAUAGUCUGGCUGAUUAUUAAAGUGGCGUUUAAAAUUUUAAAUGUAAAACAAAUGCAAAUUAAGGUUGUUAAAAAUUCCCUAGUUAAAAAAAAAAAUCUUGUGCUUUGACUGUAAAAAAAAAAAACAUAGAGAUUUCAUUUUAAAGUGUUAACUGUCAUUUGAUUAUACUGGACUGGUAAUCAUAUUAAUACAAAUAUCUAAUAAAUGUACCUCAAAAUAUUGAUAAUGUGGUGGGAUCCAGAGCUAGCCAGGGUCCACUCUAUGGUAUUAAAAGAAUUAAAACCUAUAUUUUUUUAUUUUAAUUUAUUUUUUCUCUUAGACUACAUACAUUGAGAGAUAAUUAUUUUUAGAUAAUUUUUCAUCAUCAUUUUUCAAACAUGUAUAAACCCCAUUGGCUUGAUUAGAACUUUAAUAAUUGAAUCUUGUGGGUAAAGGCAAUGAUUUCUUAGAUUUAAAAUAACUAAAGGUAAAACAAACCAAACCUUCCCAUUAGUUAGAGUCUCUUGUUGCUGGAAGUCCAGGUGUUCAUGAAGACAUUGGAGAGGUCAGUUUUGACAUUCAUUUUAUUAGAUGUCCUUUGCUACACCUCACCUUUUAGAAGUAAGCUGUAACAACCUUUUGUCUUUCCAAAAUGCAGACAUGGCAUUUUCUAGAAAUCGGUCUUAAGAAAGUUUUGAUACUGUGAGUGUUAGAAUUUGUUGUACACUUUUUUUUUUAAAUUGUUGCCACUACUUCAUUUUGCGAUUAAGUGAAUAAAUAUUUUAGAUCAGGCAAAAUUUACUUAAGACAUGAUAAUAGACCAAAGGUUGUGAGCAGCAAUUGUUGCUAUGAACAUAUUAGUCAUUUUACCUUCUGUGAUAGAAUGCGCCCUUGCUUGAGCAGUUUGCAACUCUUCAGGAAAGGGAGGAGGUCAGUUAUUUAGUUAUCCCAUUUUCAACUACAACCUAAGACCAUGCCUCCGUACCAGUCAAUUGAAUGUAACCUGUUAAAAUAUUAUUUAUCAUGCAAAAAAGGGAUUGUUUAAUGAUUUCUUGUGAUUUAGUGUUGCUGAUAUAAAUAUUUAUUAUUUUGUUCCCCUGGAUAAUGAGGUGAAAAAGACUUCAGAAAAAUAUAUUUUUUGUUGAAGAAAAAGAUAAUGCAAAUCUGGAAGAUGAUUAUGUUUUAUAAGCUUUUCACCUUUUCCAAAUCCCUAGCAAAAUGAUUUUUCCCUACCUUGCUUUUAAUAAAAAGCUAACUUGAGAUAUUGUUAAAAAAUAUGUGCUGAGAUUAAACAAAAUUGAACUAUUUAAUUAGUGUUUGUAGGGGCUUAAUCUAAUGUAUCUCUUCACAUAAUAUCCCCGGGUACGGUACAAUUAUUGUAUUCACAAAAAAUUAAUUAUAUUUUGCUUAUAAUUACAAUGUUAUCCUAUGUUGCUACAAUAAGAUUAGGGCAGUGUGCUGGUGAAUCAGCUCCAGAUCAACUUUUUAGUAAUCAGGAUUAGCCUAACCAAUAUAAUAAUAUUUAUACAAAAAAAUAUAUAUCUAUUGUCUCCAUGAGGAGUAUGAGAGCUCUUUACAUAAUUACAGCCAUGUGCCAUAUUUAGGAUCCCACAAAUUCGUUCAUAGGUGAUUCUGAGCAAAAUCAUAUUCAUAAAUACUGACUUGCACUAAGUAAAAUAAAUAAUUAAACCUUUAAAGAGAUAGCAAAAAACGCUUGACACCUUUUUUUCCCCACUUCAUUAAAAAGUUUUUUAGAAAUGUCAUUUAAAUUUAAAUAGACCUAUUUUUCUUUUAUUGAUUUCAAUAUGCUGGAUAAUUAAGCGAUUUUUUUAAAAGGUAAAAAAGCACCUCCAAUAGUUGCUUCCAGUUCAACAUAUUCCUGUGAUUUUCUUCAAAAUUGAGUUAACUCUUAAUAAGCCUUCAGAAGUAAUAGUGUUUGAACAUUUAGAAAAAGGUAUCUGCUACAAAAAUAGAAGAAAGUAUUGACUGCUAUUUUACAUCCAUUUUUAUUGAGGUAAUUUAAUAAAGCCAAGCAAAGAAAAUUGUUGUCAGUAAAUGCCUAUAAAGUAAAAUGAUGUAUGUCGUCAGUGGUGGAUGGAGUGGGUUACCUGGUUACCGUAGAGUGGUGUUUCCCCAACAUAAGGAAAAUAUGAUUGUUUAGGGAGGGCAAUUUGAAAAUGAGAUGUCUAGAAUUUGAAAACCAACCUUCUACAGUGAUUUAACUUGUAUUUUGAAAGAAGAAUGGUUAAAUUCUCAAUUUAAAGUGUUUAUUAAAAGUGUUGUAAAAAAUAUGUUGAUUUUAAAUGUAGUCAAUAACCUCAGUUGGCAGUAAAAUGGCUGCUUAAAAUUGAUGAAAGAUGAGAAUCCAGAAAUGCUACUUGUGCAAUGUGUUAUUCAUAGGGAAAACUUAGUAGCUAAAAAAAUUUCGCCUGCUCUAAAUGAAGUACUAAAUUCAGUUAUAAAGUGUAUCAACGCUAUUAAAGCUAAUGCCAAAUGUGAACAUCUCUUCAAGCUAUUUUGUGAAGAACAAAGUGCAGACUAUGUGAGACUUUUACUUCACAUUGAAGGGAAGCCCCCCCCCCCCUCUUUCCGGGGCCCCCAACCUACGCUUAAUGCUUAGGGCCCCCAAACUCUUUAGAACGGCUCUGGAAAUUUCUUGAAAAGAUUUAUGGAAAUAUUUUAUACUCUUAAAAGCUAAUGCCAAAUGUGAACAUCUCUUCAAGCUAUUUUGUGAAGAACAAAGUGGAGACUAUGUGAGACUUUUACUUCACAUUGAAGGGAAGCCCCCCCCCCCCCUCUUUCCGGGGCCCCCAACCUACGCUUAAUGCUUAGGGCCCCCAAACUCUUUAGAACGGCUCUGGAAAUUUCUUGAAAAGAUUUAUGGAAAUAUUUUAUACUCUUAGCUAUUUUUAAAGUGACCUGAACUGAAGUAUCUGUUAACAGUCGAUAGUAAAGCAUUAGUGAGUUAUUUAACUAAUAUCUUUGAAAAACUAAAUAUAUAAAAUAGCCAACGUCAAGGAAAAAAUAAAACUCUUGUCGAUGCAAAAGCAAAGAUAUUUGAUUUCAUUACAUUUAUUGAAUUAAGUCAGAAAAAUAUUGACAAAAUUUUUGAAAAGUUUCAUUUGCUCCAAAAAUGUGAAGUGACUGAUACCGCUAUGCUUGUCAUUGUCAAUCAUCUCAAAAUUCUAUUGGCUGAUUUAAAAGAGAGAUUUCUGAUUUGAAACAAAUUUAUUUUCCAACUUGGAUGAUGCAGCCGAUGUUAGGGGAUUAUUUGUCUGAUACUUCAAAUAUGCAUCGCCAAGAAAAACUCUCAGAAAUGCAAAAUGAUGAGUCAGUUAAAAUUUUAUUUAAUAUAAAAGGAGCGAUGGCAUGGCUUUGUGAGGAAAAGGAAAUCAAAUAUCCAAAUUCAACCAAAUGUGCAAGAAAAUACAGACAAAUCUUUCAUUAAAAUACAUGAAUUUCAGUUCUAUGAUUUGAAAAUUUACUUACCGUUUUUCCUCACCAAUUUCCUAGUGAUUUCUUCCUAAACCUAUCAUUUAAGUUUCUUCAGUGAACAACCCUAUUUUUGAAUAUUACAAAUUGUGUAUAUGAUACAUAGGGGGCAUAAGAAUUUUAGAAAGGCUUAGGUGGGAUAUGGUACAAAAAAGGUUGGGAAACACUGCCUUAGAGGGUCUCAGACAAUAUGAGUUUUAAAAAUUUACAUUAUUAAAUGAUGUAAUUUUCCAAAGAAUAAUCAAUUAUAUAUAUGAAGGAUUGUAUUCAAGCCAUACGAAGUAGACAAAUAGUGUAACGAGAUAUGUUUAGACUUGAAAAAAAUAUAUAUCAAUUAAAUGGAUGUUUCAGAGAUGUAUUCUUCAGCAGACAAUAAAAAACAACAUAUAAAGUUAAAUCCAAUUUAAACUUAUGAUGCUUUUGAAGAUCUCAUUAAUGUCUAUGUAACUCAAAGUUCUCAUUGUAGAACAGAAAGCUUUCUAAGUAAUUAUUAGAAGUAAAAGUUGAUAAAAUAAAGCACAUUAUAAAAACAGAAGUUUAAGACCAAAAAAUGAUUUUCAUAUAAUUCUGUUUUUCAUACUGUUAAGGGAAUUGAAGUAUUAAUAAUGUGAAGUUAACAUUUUAAACUACAAAAAAAUGAGAAUAGAAACAGAGAGAAAUGUAGGAUCACUAGUAAGAGAGUGUUUGAUUGAUUCCAUAAGGUGAUUAUGGUACAAAAAAUCUCAAUUAAUUUGUUUUCAUUCUUCAAUCUUGCUGGUGUAUUAAUGCAGAAAAAAAGAGCCAUGCUGCAUACAUCUGAUGUGACCCUGUGUUUACCUCCAUUGAAUGGGAUGAGACCAGGGGUCGCUUGUUUGUUCAUUAUCUCGAAUAAACAUUUUUCUCCCCACCCUUCUAAUUAUGGUCUUUUUGUGGUGAACGCCUUGCCCUCCAUUGUUUUUUAAUCUGAAAUUGAAUAAAACUAUGUAUCUUAUUUUAUAUUAAAAGAUUGUAUAAACUUUCGUUUUAUUGCUCUUGUUCAUUAUAUUUAUAUUGUAAUGUUUCCUCGACAUUGAUUAUUGCUUUUUUUAACGUUGACUAUGAUAUAAUUUGAAUCGAAUUCUGCCGAACUUUUUAAACUUAAAAAUAAUUUUUUAAAAUUUUAAACUUAUGCAUAAAACUUUCAAUUAAUGGGUUCCCCAAUAUUUGCAGAGUUCUUAUUAAAACAUGAGUCACGCACAUAAUGUAACAUGUAUUUUUUAAUAAUAUAUAAUAAAAAAUCUCUGAAACAUAAAAGAAUCUUAUUUAAUACAUUUAAUCUUUUUUCAUUAACCUUAAAAUUAUUUUUGUUUUUAUUUAAAAAGGAACUGGAGAGGAAAGCAGCCGAGUUACAGAGAAAAGAACAAGAAUUAAAAAAUGCUAAUUUUUCUGGAAGUGAGUGAAUCGUGGUUUCGUACUUUUUAUUAGUAAUUAUUAAGUCAAGCAAUUUAUCUUUGACAUUUGAAUAUGAUUUGCAGUUACCUUAUUCAAAUCCUGAAUAGUUUGCAAUAUGAUACUGUAUUACAACUAAUAAUUCUCUAGUUAUGAUGUUCAUAUGUAUGGUGUGAUAGUGAGUUCAGUAAAGUGCAAAAUAAAAUUCCCUAUAACUUUGCUAAAUAACAUUCUUAAAAAUAUAGCAAGUUUGUCUUUUGUGUAAUAUUUUCUGUUUUACGAAAUAGUCUCAAUUUAAUUAUGAUCUAAUAAAUCUGAGGUAUAAAAGGGGAUGGGACAUAAGAAUUUUAAUAUAGUUUAGGGGCGUGGGAAAAAAUAGAUAUUAAUUGGGAUUCUCAAAUACAAUGUUCCCUUUAAGCUGCGCGGCAGCUCACUCACAGACGCCGUGCAGCAGUUUUGAGUAUCCGCGCAUCAAAUUUCCAUGUAAGUGUAUGUUUGUGUUUGUGGGCUGUAAAAUUUUGCACACACAAAAAUUGAUGCGGUAAAAAUUUGCACACAACAGUAUGAUUUUUCACACGAACCAGCAAACCUUAGAGGGAACAUUGCUCAUAAAGUGCUUUAAUUAAAUGCAUGUUUUUCCAAGUAACUUUAAUAGAUGGGAAAUUAAGGCAUUGCUACCGCUAUUGUUUGGGGGGCUAUACAAUAACUAAAAUAAAAUAAUUUAAUAAGUAAAAGUAAGAUUGCUUCGUCUCAACAAUAUAUAUGUGAUGGUAAAAAGUAAACAUGGGCAAAUGUGUUAGGGCUGUUACAGUUUACAUUAUCUUAUUUUUUGGGGGAAUAUUUUUUACUUUCAUAAAAUAUUGUUAUGAUAAAAUAUGGCAUGCAAGAGGGUGUUGUUGAUAUUAAUAUUGUUGUUAAUAAAUCUGUCUAAAUCCACACAUAAUACAUUUUAUAAUGUACUAUUAAGGUUUAAAAUUAUAUUUAAAUAUAUAAUUUCUUUUGAUAGAAAGAGAAAACAACUGGCCACCACUGCCCAAGUUUUUUCCAGUCGGUCCUUGCUUUUAUCAAGAUUUUAAUGUGGAUAUACCUUUAGAAUUCCAAAGGAUUGUCAAGUUUGCAUAUUAUCUUUGGGGUUGUAAGUAUUCAAAAUUUAUUUUUAGAAACAGACUUUUUCAUAAUUUGAUUUGUUCAACAUUUAAAAGGUGUUACUAGUUUUCUUCUAUUAAAAAAAUAAUAACUUCAAAGAAAAUGCUCGGUGAUGUGUAUUAUAGAGAAUUAGGCUUGUGCCAUGCCAACAUUUAGGAUAGUGAGCUGUCAGACCCUUUCCCUAUGAAAAUGGUUUCAAGUUGAGGGUGUUUUCUUACUCACUGAAUGUUUUACUAUCUUCUUUGACAUCAUGAUAAAAGAAGCCUAGAAUGAUCUACCUGAAGGUACAUAAUAAAGGUUCAGAACUUAGUGAAUUUUAUUUGAUUUCUUAAACUGCUAUCUUAAACAAGCACGGGCUACUGAUGGCUUUGCUCUUUUACCCUUCACGCAGCAGUUCAAAGUUAUCCAGAAACAAGUCUUAACAUUUUAGGCGCCAAAAUGUGUUUUUGCCAGAGAUUAAUGUUCUUUCAAUCUUCAAUUUUCAGUUCAUGUGAUAGUUCUCAUCCUGAACCUCUUCGGGAGCUUGGCAUAUUUAAUAGCUGAUAAGGAUGGGGCAGCUACAUUUGGUCUAUCUAUUCUAUGGCUUGUGUUGUUUACCCCAUGCUCAUUUAUCUGUUGGUACAGGCCACUGUACAAGGCUUUUAGGUAAAAAAUAAUUUUUAAAAUAAAUGUUUAUUAGACUUCACAAUUGUUGGAUUGAUAAUGAUGCUUCCUAAUCUUUAAUGGCCCCAUCAAAAAAUUUUAAAUUGCUAUUUCACUGGUGUAAAUCUAAUGUCUUUUUCUACAUGGGUACAAUUAGAAAUUUAAGUCUAAGCUCCAAGGGAUGAAUUUAUUUCUACAAGUAAACACAAGCUAAAUUCAAGAACCAUUAGGGUAAUUCAAGAAAAUCUAAAGAAGUGAUGUCACGUUUUAUGAUUAAAAUUUCAAGGAGAAAGAGUAAAUAAUUUAGAUGGGGUUGAAAUAAAAUUUUCUCUUAAAAAAAUCUUUUUUUAAAUAUUAAGUUUUAGGAUUUAUUUAGUUAUUUAUUUUAAAAAAUGGAAUGCAUUUUACAGAAUAAUUGUAAGCAACAUUUCAUUAAAAAAACUUAAGGUGAAAUAUUUUGACUAACUUAACUAUUUUAAAUUAGGACUUAUAAAGGCAAUUUAAAUCUAUACUUUUAGCAACCAUUCAUAUGUCAUCAAAACAGUUUCUAUAAUGCCCUUAAUAAUUUAAGAACUAUAAUAUGAUUGUCUAAUAAAAAAAAAAAUACUCAUACCUCAGUUAUUUAAUCCCUCAUUUUCUUUAAUAUGUUGAUACUAUUUUUUGGUUUCUUUUUUCUGCAGGAGUGACAGUUCAUUCAACUUUUUUGUAUUUUUCUUCAUAUUUUUCUUUCAAUUCUGCGUGUAUGUGGUGCAGUGUUUGGGAAUAACUGAUUUUACAGUGUAAGUAUUUCACUUUUCUUUAUACAAACAAUACUUUUUAAAUUGGUAAAUAUUUACAUAUUUUAGUUUAAAAGUUAAAUAGUGUUUCUGUAUGGGAUCUAAGAUUAUAUAAACACCUGUUUAAAAUGUAGUGUCUUUGUUCAUUUGUGGCAUUAAAAUUUACAGUUGGAAGUUUUUAACAAUAUUAUUUUUUUUAAUUUGAGAGUUUUAACAAUAUUAUUUUUUGUUAAUUGUGUGAUUGAAUAAUUAAGGUGAAAUUUGUUUUAAUAUGUUGUUUUGUUAACAUCUUUGUUCUGUAUUAUACACUCAAAAAUCACUCCCUUAUCUAUGGCAUGCCUUCUCCAGUGGAAUCAUCUCAGGUUUGCAAGUAGUAGGAUCAAAUAUUGCCGUUGGACUUAUUAUGGUAUUUGUUGGCAUAUUUUUUGGCAUUCUGGCAGUGGUCUCUUUUGCCAUUCUCAUCAAGGUAUACAGAAAUGAUUCAAACGUUGGACAGCAUCUUUGCAUGUAUAACUAGAUUAGUAGUAGCUAUAUGUUGUUGUUUUUUUUAUCUCUGUGGGAAUCCUCUCAAUUUUGGUUUUGGUGUUGUAACUAACCAUUGUCUCUCACACUAACAUGGUAAUCAAGAGUUUUCAGCUUGUUUCAACAUUCCUCAAUUGUACAAGAUUAAAGAAUAAUUUUUUUUAAAUCCUCGCAUUCUAUAUAGUUAAAACCUCGCAAUUUAUACAGUUUUACAAAAAUAAAUUGCAACCGUUUCCUUUGUCCUUUUCAAUCAAAAUGGUUCAUUCUUCUUUAAUUUCUUUUUUGUAAGAAUAAUAAAUAAAGAAUUUUUUUUAUUUUUAGCUCACCAUUUAAGAAAAUGGAAAAAUAUUAAUUUAAAUAAUAAACAAGUUUUCCAUUUAGAAAUAAUUGUAUUGGCAAAAAAAAAUAAUUAAAAAUCACGAUUUAGCACUGAACUGUCCAUCAAAGUUUAAUUCUUCCUUCAAGAUAAUCUUAUGUAGACUGCCAUAACCAAGCCAAUCUAAUUGCCAUUAAAUCUGUUCGCUUAAGAAAAAUGAGACUACUAACCAAUAUUUAUAUUAUCCAGGUAAAUAAAUAAAUUGCCAUUCAUUCAGCGUUUGAUUUCCUUAUCAUACUUAAAUACUUAAAAUCAAAGGAAAAGGCUUAUUUCGUGUUGUUCGCUGAUUGAGGUAUUUAAAAUGUGUUUUUUUUGUAUGUAGUGGGAUAGCUAGGUUUAGUGGCGUCUGGAUAGGCCAAGAUUUUUGCUGCCUCUUUUCACAAAAAAACUGCAGUUGGUCAAAAAUGCUGUCUCUUUAUAUAUAAAGAAGGGCCCAAAUGGGCGGGAACACCCCCCUCCUCCCCCCUUUCACUACUGCUUGUAUGGUCAUAUUGCUAUUUAUUUAUUACCAAGUGUGUGUCUAUUAUAUUAAGAUAAUUGAUUUAAAGGGGAGAAAAGAUGAAAUAAAAAUACAUUGUAUUUGCUAUUGAACUUUGAAUAUGACUCACUAUUCAUUUUUUCCCAAUGUGUGUGUGGGGGGGGGGGGGUGGGGCUUAAUUAAGGGUUAGUAAAAUCCAUUAUUUAUCUAAAAAAGAUGACAAUUCUUGCCGUGACAUAUACUGAAGUAUUUGUUUUACUAGAUUUGUGUUGAGCAAAAUAAAUGCACAAUAUAAAUUUUUAGAAUGAUUGGAAAGUUUGAAAUCUUAAAAUCUUAUUUUCAUAUUUAUUAUCUGGUAAUAAAAGUCAUGAAUCUGUUUAAAAUAUAUUUCAUCUUUAGAGACAUAUAUCUUUAGGCACACAUUUGAGUAAUUAUAGCAGUGGUUUCCAAACUUUGAUUAACUCCACACACUAUUUAAAAAAAUAAUAUUGCCUCAACCCAAAUAAAAAAUUCCACUCCACCACCCCACCUAUUUUUGUGUAAUUUCCCUCCUACGGAUUUGUGACUCCAGUUUGGAAACUACUGAUUUAAUGCUUGUGGGUUGUAACUACCGGUCUGAUCUAAGUUUAAGACCUCUGUUGAUUUGUAUGAACAGAGGCUGGAUCAAUGGGCUGACGAUUGUGACUAAAGAUGGAAAAGCCGCAGCUGGAGGUUUUAUGCUGGUUAUAGCAUUUUUUUUUACAGUGGAGGCUGUUGCAUCCAUGUUUUAUCUCAUUAAGGUAGGAGAAAUAUCCCUCCUAGACUUGUAAAAGUUUGAUUGGAAUGUUCAUUGUAGAUGCACAAGUUUACUAUUAUGCAAUCCCACCUCUGUACCCGUAUAUGCUUUUAACAUGUUGGUCAUCUUCAUGGGCUUCUCAAAAUACAAAGGCACACAUUCACAUCCUGGUUAAUUAAAUAACUGCAUUAAAAAUAUGUUAGAAUUUUGAGUAUAGAUCAUAUUAUUGAACUUAUUGGAGUUAAGUUAUCAAAGCUUCUUUUCUUUACAAGAAAUUGUAAUAAAUUUAAAUAAAUAAACCAUGAUCUUUACAUAUAUUUAUUUAAAAUAAUUUUUUAAAUAUUACAACUUUUAGUAAUGGUCAAGUCAUUAUUGCUUACUGUUGCCUUUUAGCUGAAGAUUAGCAACAUUUCAUGCAUGUUAUUUUUUACCAGGCUUAACUGGUAAUAUUUAGUAGUUGUGACAUAGGCUUUUUUAGAGAAUAAGUAUACUAACUGUCAUAUCACAAGAAUGAAAGCUAUAGGGGAGUAAUUUAUAUAUUUUAUGUACAUCUAUCUGCAACCAGCAAUAUUUUGCGAUGACUAUACCUUUUAUAAUAUAGGUGAAUUUUUUAAUGUUAUUUUUAUUGUUAAGACAGUUUGAAUUGAUUCAAUUUUAAAAUGAUAAGAGAUACAGACAAUUAAAAAAAAAAUCACAUUAAAGAAUGUUUUAAAAUAAUCAAAUCAUCAUUCUUGCCAAAUUUGCUAGUGACUAGCUAUUUGUUUGUUACAUUUAUGCUUUGAAAAAUGUCUGAAAGUUAUACAUAAUUGAUAAGUAUGAAAUUACUGCAGAUUUUUUACCAGCUAAAGGUUUUUUUAAGAUUGCACUCUUAUCAGUGUGAAAGUAUUUCUGAUGAAGAUUUCUUUCAUUGCUAGGUGCAUCGCAUUUACAGAAGCACCGGUGCUAGUUUCCAGAAAGCUCAGGCCGAGUUUGCUUCUGGCGUGAUGAAGAAUGAGGCUGUUCGAGGUGCGGCGGCGGAUGCUGCUGCCGGAGCUGCCAGGGGUGCAGUGUCUGGCUACGGCAGUGAGAAUCGCUACUGAGAUGAUCAUUAAAGAGAUAUGUUGUGCAAAGGUCACCGGGCUGUAAGGUCUAUGAUAUACAUGUGGAGUGGGCCUUGGUACAAUUUUAUAAUUUAAAAAAAAAGAACAUUUCCAAUAUUCUCAAUUUAAAAAGAAAAAAGUUUGGUCAAGUUAAUUUUUUUUUCUUUUGAUAAUAAGAGAUAAAUAUCUUUGGGUGUUUAUUUCAAUAUUUUGAAUGAGAAAUUAUUUUUUAACAUGGUUUUUACUCUUUAUACCCCACUAAAACUUCACUUUAAACAUUAACAUUCUAAGGAAGUUUUUAUUAGUUUUUAUUUUAUUUUUAUUUAAUUGUGAUUAUCAGUAAACUGCAUUUAAGUCAAAAUACAUCUUUAACUGAUGUCAGUCAAAGUAAUGUUGAAAAUAAUUUUUAAAAAAUUUAACUUUGGAAACCAAAAUAAAAAUACUUUAGCCAAUUUCAAGAGCAUUGUGGAACAAAAGCAUCACACAAUUUUCAAAUAAACUAAUUAGAUACAAAUGUAUAUUUUUCUAUAAUGUAUGUUCCAAAUAAUAAUUAUUUUAGAAACCUAUUAUUGACAAGGGGAAAUAAAAUGUGGUGAACAAUGUACCUAAUACUAGGAUUUAUUUGAUUGUUUCUUUUGUUAAAUACCUGGGAUUAUUUAAAGUCUUAUUAUUCUUUUAUCAUCUAUGACCUUUAGUUAUGUUUUCUUGAAGAAGAUAUCACUUUGUAGAUACGUUAUUAAUUUGUUUGUGAUUAUCAUGUACUUUUUGAAAUCAUUUGAAUGAAUGCUCAAGUAAGCUGGUAUUAUAAACAAUGCACAUAUUCAUUUUUUUCCCUUUAUAAAUGAAAUACAGUUUUUUUACCCCCUUUUUUAUAUUUAAAAUGAUAAUUGUUUCAUCAUUUUAAAUCUUCUAUUACUCUUGACUUAAGCUGUGUUGGUUUAUAAAUUUUUUAAUACAUGUCUUCAUUUUAGACAUCCAUGAUAAAAAUGUGUCUUGGUUCCGCUAAUAUUUGAGAGCUUUAAAUUAGCUCAACAGUUUAGUCUCAUCGUUACUUUUAGGUGGGUAGAAGUUUUUUCAUCUGGUAUGAAUUGUAGCUAAAAAAUACUACCUACAUAUUUCUCUGCAUCAGAAAUAGUGUGAAUACUAUUAAAAUUGAAAUAGUUUUACUGAGCCAAAUUUUCCCCACUGACUAAAUAGCUGUUUAGCUCAGUCAGCAAGUCAUCAGGCGGAGGUAAGAGUUUGAUCCCUGUUAUGAACUUUUUUUUUUGAAAAGCUUUUUUUUUUCCCUCUUCAAAAUGUGUUUCUUAAGCAGUUCAUUGUUACUAAGAUUUCCUUUUCUUUUUUUUUUUUAGAAAACAAUGCUCAUGUGCAGAAGAAAAAAUUGCAGAGGUGUGACUUUUCCUUUUUAAAAUAUAAAAGUCACAGCUCUGAUUAUAAACCUCGGCUUUUGCCAUUCCUUUAAAGAUUUGAGGAUUUUAAAUAUCUUAAAUUGCAUUUUGGCCCAUUGAAGAUUGGUGGAUCCUUAAUUUAGCAAUAUUGAAAGGUACCAUAUGUAGUUCAAAACAAAAUAAACAUAUUUUAAGUUAAAAUGUAAAAGAUUUAUCAGUCAGGGAAACUUUAUUGCAUCUAAUAUAUUGCAUCUACUAAGCAAAUUAAAAUAUUUCCAAAUAAAUGUCAUCCAUUGAAAAAUGUACGCUUAGAUAUUCAUUCUCUCAGCCAGUGUAAAAGAAAGAGGGUACCAAAACUGUAUUUUUUUAUUUUUCUAUUGGAUAUUCUUGGUUCUUCAAUACUAAGUUUUCAAAUGUGAAGAGUGUCAAGUUUAGAAAAAUUAAUUAAGAGGUCACUUUCAAAGCAUACAGUUAAGCAAAUCCAAACAAUUCAUCUUUGUAUUUCUCAUUGACAUAUAAAUUGUUGUCUUAUCCUUACUUUCAUAAUGUCUAUCUGCAUUCCAGGUCUACCAUAGAGCGUGUGCUUAAUACUUCAUUAAUUAAGUAGUUUAAAUGUUGGCUUUAAGUCCUAGGGACUAAUUUUUUUUGCUAAGUUAGAUUUAUUAUUUUAUAUUUUUUAACUGAAGUAGACUGAAAACAUCAAUGUUUCGGUACAUUUAAUUAUACAAGCACUCUUUAACCUGAUAUUCAAAGUUUGAAUUUGACAAUCAGAUUUUCAUGGUUGUGGCCAAUAAGAAUUAAAAUUCACCUCAGUGUGUGGAGAAAAAACUAAUUUAUAUAAAAGAAAAAUUAUGCUAUUAUAUUACAUCUAGGCAUUUAAAAACAUGCAUAUUUCCACCUAAAUUGUAAGUAAAAUUUGACCACCUUUCUGCUGAACAAAUAGCUGAUUGGCUUAUUUUUAGAAGUCAUCUCUGCCUCUAAAUUUAAAUCAAUAAUUCAGGAUCUGCAGUUUUGAUUUGAUGCUUCACUUGGCAAAGAAUUAAAAAUAAUUAAAUUAUAUUCCCUUUUUUUUAUCAAGACUUGCAAGCUAUCAUUCUAUCAUCAUAUCUUUUUCAAUCCAAGAUUAAAAGAGUGUUUAUUUCUUUGCCCCAGUUGUAAAUGUCCAGAUGUGAAAUGUCUGCUGAAGAGCAAUAACUGAAUAAGGUAAAGGAUUAUAAAAGAGAGCAGAAUUACAAAACAGAAGCUCAUGACUCGGCAUCAUCCAAUGAGUCAUAAGUAGAAAAUUGUAAUUAAAAAAACAAAAAAACAGUAUACUUACUGUCAAUUGUUUAAAGUAAGACAUAAAUAUAAAUAUUGAGUAAUUAACUCGUUAAAAAAUUUAACUUAUUUUGUGAGUUCCAUUCGCAUGUCGUUUGAUUGCCCACCCCUGCUAUUUCAAGAAAAAUAAAAGUGGGUAUGGGAGACCAACAAAAAAAAAAACAACGUCCAAUGUGAUUGUCUUUUAAUUAUUAUUUUUUUUUUUUCUUUAAAAAAUUAUGAUUUGUCCAUGGCUAGUUUUUGUGAAAGAAAACCUUUGAAUUGUUGAAACCCUACAUAUUUUAAUUAUGAUUUUUAUUUUUAUUGGCUGAUAUGACUAAAUAAAUGAUAUUCUUGAUUUAUUAUUCAGAUAGGUCAGUCAAGGUAUUUAGUAUUGGAGAUAUUUCAUCUGGUAAUCAAUUAAGGAGGCAUUUGUUAAUGAAUUUAUAAUUUAGAACAAUUACAAUCAUUAUUUAUUUAAUAAAAUCAAUGAAAUUAAGCCUGAUAUCUCCACAGCACCAGUGCCCCCUUUUACCUCACUGUAGUUUUCUAAUCUUGUUAAAAUUUAUUUAAAAAACAAAAGAAUUAUCUUUGCAUAUUUGUUACUUAUUUCAUUUAUCCCCCAUGUUACUUUGAACUCAUUCUAAAUACUUCUCUAUUUUGAAACAACAAAAAUAGUUUUAAUAAGAUACACAAGCUGACACAUGUCUAAAAGGGAACUGAACUCAUAUUAUUAGUCAUUUCAAACAUUGUUCCAUAAGGUUAACAUAACACAUUUCAUACUGGUAAUUUUUGUUUAACCACAAGAAUGAAAGGAAUUAAAGUUUUUUUUUAAUGUGUUAUUGUUAUACAUAGGUUUUGACACAUUUCAAGCUUCCAUCUAAGUUUUAUUUUCCAUCUCUGUUUUGAGGAAAACAUCAAAUCAAAGAAAAAACAAUCAUCAAUUAAAUGCUGUUUUAUUUUUCAAUAGGCCAGCAUCUUUGUUACAUGUGUAAUUUUGUGUAUCCUCAUAACAAUUGCUUACAUUUCUUAUCCUAUAACUAUUGAAUUAUUUUGCUUCUGAGAUAUUCAUGUCAGUCAUUGUGACCAACCCCAUUCCUCUUUCCUUCAGCUAUCUUGUUGGAGAUACUUUAUUUAUUUAAAUGGAUGCAUAUGCUCCUGUGAAGUCACUAUAAUGCAGACUUUGGAGAAAUUGUUUCAGAACUGUGUCGGAUAUUGAAUUAUUCUAAAUUUUGUCAUGAGAAAAUGGACUGCAUUCAUUGGUUUGUGCAAUUAUGAUUGUAUUGUAAACGAAAGGUUUCUCUAUAAAUGCGUUACUGCAGAUUUCUAUUUUAGUUUAAUUUGAUUAUCUGAGCUAUCGUUAGUAUUCAUAUGUCCUCAUUUUGGGGUAAAUUUGUUCAAAAUCAUUUAAAAGACUGGUGUAGUGCCAUUUCCUAGAGAUUUAAUAAAGGAAAGAAAAAAAAGCUCCAUACUGAUCCUCUCGGAGAUCUGCGUUCAUAGAAUAUAUGAAUCAAUGAUAACCCACAUUCAAAAAUUUUACAAAACAUACCAAUUUCAAAAUAAUAUGCUGUUUUUCAACCACAGAAUUGUAUUAUUUAUCUAUUUCUUUUUUCACUGGCUUCAUUAUUGACUGAAAAUUCAGUGAACCAGGAGGAAAAGUUUAAAAAGCUAUCGGAAUUAAUUAAGGAAACACUCAGUUGUUGGGAGUGAAUUUGUCAAUUUUAAACCUCCAGGGAAGCAUUUGGUGAUACGAUGAGAAAAAAUGGAGUUGACUUAUUGUAAAUAUAUGUAGAUCUACAAUGGGACCACACAUUUAUUUUAUAUUUUGAAUAUUGCUUGCGUAAAUAAAAAGCAGUCAAAACAAUUCACACGUUUUCGGUUGCUGCUGGGAGUUGCUUGAUUAAAUCCGUAUUAACACUAACACAGUUAAUUCAUUUUCUUUACAUAUCCUGGUUCUACCUAUAAAAUGAAUUUCUAAUACAGUGGCAACCGUAUUUUUUUAAUAGCACAAAAAAAGCCUAUUUUUCUGUUCUCUAACUGUAAAUGAUGAUUAAGUUUUAAAAAGUGUUUUCAUGAUCUAUUAGAUUUUGUUCACAUAGAGCUAGUUUCUGUUGACUGUCUGUACUGAAUGUGUGUCUAAGCCGUAAUAUUCAAAAUAAUUAUGAUUAGAUAUUUUGUUGUGAAACUUUGUCUGUUCAUUUCUUCAAUAUUUAUAUAGUGUCAGUGCUGCUCCAAAACUAGUGGCUCUUUUGAACUUGGGCUAGUGAUGUCUAUAAUUUAAGUGCUUGGUUUCCAGUGAAGACAUUGAAAUAACAUUUUUGUCAUUAAAUGCCCUGUUAAAAGCAAA